AUGACUCUGCUGCGCACUCUGCUGGGAGCGGUGCUCUGCUCCCUCGCGGCCUCUUCGGGGGUCGUACCGCAGGCCGACCUGAACCUGCAGGAGGUGUCGGGGAAGUGGUACCUGAUCGGAUUCGCCACCAACGCCCAGUGGUUUGUGAACCGCAGAGCCAGCAUGAAGAUGGGCACCGCCAUGUUGACCCCGACCGCUGAUGGGGACCUGGACAUUUCCUACGCCAGUCUCAACUCCGACGGCUCUUGUUGGAGAAUGAACCACUUGGCCAAGAAGACCGAUGUGCCUGGGAAGUUCACGUACACCAGCUGGAGGAAGCUGAAUGAGAUGUGCAUGGUCGACGUCAAGUACGACGAGUACGCCCUGGUCCACACCGUGAGGAGCAACGACCGCGACCCAACGGCUGUCAACAAACUCUACGGCCGGGACGUGGACCUCGGUGCCGAUCUGCUGGAGAAGUUCAGGCAGUUCUCCCUGGAGACCGGCGUCCUGCCUGAAAACAUCGUUUUCCUUCCCAAAAACGCCGAGUGCCCAGACGCCUAG